AUGGAGUUCUUUGACACUAUGGACGACAACUGGACCGCCUACUACACUAGAGCGGCGUACAAGAGGGCAAAACAUAUGCAUUACCUAGCUGAAUCAAUGAAUGAGGAUUACGAGCCUCUCACUAAGGAGACCUGGAUCAAAAGGGAAUUGAACAGGGUGCAUCCGAACAAACGAAAACUAAAUCACCCCCACUAUCGAGUUCGAAAUAAGCUGUUGUAUGCUAAGACGACACUGAUCUACGUUCACGAGACUACAAAUUCAGAAGGAGAAGCAACUCAUCACAACAAUUGCAAGUUUGAUACGGAUUCUGGAAAGGUUGGAAUCGACAAUCGUGCAAGUGCAUGCAUCUCCCAUGUUGCUACUGAUUUUGAGGGACCGUUGGUACCUGUGAAGCGUUCGAUCAAGGGUUUUGGUGGAGAACGAGUUUGGAAUGUAUUCAAGGGGACAAUUGUUUGGAAGUGGCACGACAAUGAAGGACAGCUACAUCGGUUCUCCAUACCGAAUUCCUAUUACGUUCCUCAUGGUAAAUGCCGCCUUUUGAGUCCACAACAUUGGGCUCAGACGCAAUUGAGAGGACGAGUCACGCCUAUGAAAAAGCUAUCCGAGACAACCAAGGAUGGCAUUGGAGAAUCUACACUCUACAAUCGCUGUCAGGUAUUUUGGGAUAGACGACAAUAUACAAUGGAUGUCUACCUUGGAGAACAUGAUAACGUGGCAACUUUCUAUCUUGCUCCUGGAUUCAAGAAUUUUGAUCUGUUCUGCAAGGAGUGCAAGAUUGACACGAAUGAUGACACACCAAUAUACGCCAUGCCAGCUGGAGUUGUGAGCGACGAUGAGGGUGGUGAAGAUGAUGACGACGAUGUUCCACCACCAACCGAAAAGAACGACAAUAACACAUCAUUCCUGCCAAACUUACUUCGCCCAAUCAGACAACUUAAUCCACUGAAGGCAAAGCAAACAACACCUGAACCGCGACACACUACAUUUGAUUUGGAUGGAAGGACCACCACUGGAGACCGACCACCGGUAGUCAUCGACGAGGAGGAGGAGAAGCAGGCAACUACGCCAGCCCAAGAACUACUUCGCUAUCACCACCGGAUGGCACACAUCUCCAUGGCAAAACUGCAAAACAUGGCUAAGCAAGGCAUCAUACCAAGGCGCCUCGCCAAUGUACACCCACCUACAUGCAGCUCAUGCCUCUUCGCAAAAGCAACGAGACGACAAUGGAGACACAAGCGUCGAAAACAUUGGACUGAGAAGACAGAUGUGAGGACACCAGGACAAGUCGUAUCGGUCGAUCAGUUGAUCUCUCCCACUCCAGGCUUGGUAGCCCAGAUGACUGGAAUUCUCACGAAGAAGCGCUACACAUGUGCGACCAUCUACGUGGACCAAUACUCUGGUCUCGGCUUUGUUUAUCUUCAGAAGUCCACGAGUGCGGAUGAAACAAUUAUGGGAAAGAAAGCCUUUGAAGCCUACGCAAAACAACAUGGAGCAACAAUCAAGGCAUACCAUGCAGAUAAUGGAGUGUUCCGUGCGAAUAAAUGGGUCGAUGAAUGCAGACGACUUGAGCAGACACUAACGUUUGCAGGAGUCAAUGCACAUCAUUCAAAUGGACUAGCUGAACGAAGGAUUCGGUCACUACAAGACUUGGCAAGGUCAAUGCUCAUUCACAUGAAUAACAGGUGGAGAAUGCCUGGGAUUGCUCACCUCUGGCCGUAUGCAAUCAGGAUGGCAAAUGACGCAAUUAAUGAAGCGCCAAACCUGAGGGAUGAGAAAGGGCGAUCGCCAUUGCAACUCUUCAGUCAGACUGACAUUCAAACCCACAACAAGCAUUGGAUUCCAUUUGGAUGUCCUGUCUACGUAUUGGAUCCGAAACUGCAAACAGGACAAGGAUUCUUGAACAAGUGGGAAGCUAGAUCUCGAGUUGGAAUCUACCUUGGUAGAUCACCGAAUCAUGGAAGAAACGUUGCCCUUGUUUUGAAUCGAUUGACAGGCUUGGUAUCGCCGCAAUUCCAUGUCACUUUUGACAAAGGAUUUAAUACAGUGAAGCAAGAUAAGUACGAUACUCACUGGCAAAUGAGAGCUGGACUCCAGGUACCAAAGAAAGGAGCCAUGCAUCCCUCAAAUGAGUCAACCAACAAGUUGAAGAGGACGAUGCCAGAGCCAGAGGGAGUUCCACAACAAUCGAACAAGAGAGUUAGAAUGGAAACUGGAGUGUCGGAGCCGAUGCACAUCAAUGAUGAUGACAUGAUUGGAAAUUCUACUCCUGGAGAAACCAACAAGCUGCAGCAACCUGACGAAUCUACAAGUCCAGUCCCACACAAUGAAGAGGAAGCUGGCCGCUCAGAUCCACCAAUGGAGGAUGGAGGAGAGCGUCAACCUGAAAGCCAACAGGUGCCCAAUACAUCUUCGAUUUCUCAUCCGGCAGAGACCAUAUUGAAAGUAAUGGCGGCGGAGCUGUCAAGCGCAACGAAGAACGGUAUUGAAGGUGAAAUAUUCUGCUUUGAAGCAAUGUUCCCAGCUUACUCUGGAGAAGCCGAGCAGGAUCCGUUGAAGAUUUUCAAGGCAACCUCUGACCCUGACACAAUGUACAUGCAUGAAGCUAUGCGUGAGAAGGAUGCAGGUGAAUUUCGAAAGGCGAUGAAGAAGGAAUGGGAAGACCAACUCAAGAACGAGAACUUCUCAAUCAUCCAUCGGACAUCAGUUCCAGAGGGAGCCACAAUCUUUCCAACGGUAUGGCAAAUGAAACGAAAACGAGAUAUUCGAACGAGGGAAGUCAAAAAGUACAAAGCAAGAUUGAACUUUGAUGGGUCCAAAAUGAAAUAUGGACGAGACUACGACCAAACAUAUGCACCGGUCGCAAGUUGGAACUCGAUUCGAACUCUUCUGAUUGUCUCUGCAAUGCUUGGGUGGAAAACCAAGCAGAUCGACUAUGUCCUGGCAUUUCCGCAAGCACCAGUUGAGAGGGAGCUCUACAUGAAACUUCCAGCUGGUUUCAAAGUUGUCGAUGGAAACAGUAACGAAUACAUUUUAAAGUUGCAUCAAAACAUUUAUGGAGGAAAGGCAGCAAGCCGAGUCUGGUAUCAAUAUUUGACGAAGGUUCUCGUCGAUAAAUUGGAAUUCAAGAAAUCCAAUUACGAUGAAUGUGUCUUUUACAAAGGAAAUGUGAUGAAGCCUGACGGUUCUAUACACCUCACCCAACCACAUUUGAUUGAUCAGAUUCUGAAGGACCUAAACAUGCAGGAGGACACGGCGACACGACCAAUCCCAGCAGCAUCAUCAAAGCUGUUGUCAAAACAUUCUGAUUCUCCAGAGUUUGAUGGAUCGUUUCACUACAGAUCUGUCAUUGGAAAAUUAAACUACCUGGAGAAGGGUUCAAGGCCGGACAUCGCUUAUAUUGUUCACCAGUGUGCAAGGUUUAGUACAUGCCCAAAAAAGGAGCAUGGCGAGGCAGUACGAUGGUUGGCGCGAUAUCUCAAGGGCACGAAAGACAAAGGAUUGAUUCUACGACCUGAUAGAACGAAAGGAUUGGAGGUCUACGUCGAUGCUGACUUCGCUGGAAAUUGGGAUCCCAAAGAAUAUGAGGAUUGCGAUACAGCAAGAUCAAGGCAUGGCUACUUCAUCAAUUUCGCAGGUUGUCCUAUCGUCUGGAAGUCGCAGCUGCAAACUGAGAUUGCGUUAUCAUCAACAGAGUCAGAAUACACUGGAAUCUCUUACUCACUUCGUGAAGCAAUACCCAUCAUGAACCUUUUCAAGGAGAUGAUCAAGUAUGAAAUCCCGAUUGAAAGCCCAAUUGCAGAGGUACACUGCCGAGUAUUUGAAGACAAUACCGGAGCUCUGGAAAUUGCUAGAGUGCAUAAGUUUCGACCAAGAACAAAGCACCUAAACUGCAGGCUACAUCAUUUCAGGUCAUACAUUGGUAAUGGGAUUACUAUUCACAAGAUAGAUACAAAAGAGCAACCAGCUGACAUGUUGACAAAACCAUUGAACGCUGAGCUACUCAUCAAGUUCAGAAAGAUGAUCCUGGGUUGGUAG